ACGAGCCCCGGCCCCAAACUAUAAUAUAUUUACAGUCAUUGUCCUUCGUCCAUGGCCUCAACCCCUCUAAUCUCGCCUCUUCGCAAUCUCCUCCUCCCUCGAUUCUCCUCAAAAUUCCCUUCAAUCUCCCCGUCACUCAACGCUCUCAGACUAAACCCAUCUCGGUCCUUCUCUUCUUCUUCUUCUUCUUCAAUGGCCGCGGCAAAAGAGUCCCCCUCGAACAACCCAGGUCUCCAAGCCGAGCCUGAUGAGGCCACCAAGGGUUAUUUCUUCCAACAAACUAUGUUUAGAAUCAAGGAUCCUAAAGUUAGCCUCGAUUUCUAUUCUCGAGUGCUGGGCAUGUCGUUGCUGAAGAGGUUGGAUUUCCCUGAAAUGAAGUUUAGCUUGUAUUUUAUGGGUUAUGAGAAUCCUGCAACUGCUCCCGCUGAUCCAGUACAAAGAACAGUUUGGACCUUUGGUCAGAAGGCUACACUUGAGCUAACACACAAUUGGGGCACAGAAACUGAUCCUGAAUUCAAAGGAUACCAUAAUGGAAAUUCAGAGCCUCGUGGCUUUGGUCAUAUUGGCAUUACAGUUGAUGAUACUUACAGGGCAUGUGAGCGUUUUGAACAGUUAGGAGUUGAAUUUGUGAAGAAGCCUGAUGAUGGAAAAAUGAAAGGUAUUGCAUUCAUUAAAGACCCAGACGGCUACUGGAUCGAAAUCUUUGACCUGAAAAGAAUUGGGGAGCUGACUACUGUGGGUGCUUAAGAGUGAUCUUUCGAACUCUUGGGGCCUGAGCCUGAGGUCUGUUGCAAGAGAAGCCACCUUGUUCGGUAUGGAUUCUUAAAGAUUUGCCAGUGGGAGUUUGUUAUUCUCAUUUACAUUGUGAUUCAGCUUUAUUCAGGAAAGAAAAAAAAAAGAAAAAACAUGAAAUGUCGCUAUGUAUGGAUUCGUGAGUGUGCCUGUACCUUAAUAUCUAGUUGUGAUAUAAUCCUGUUGAAAAGUUGUUGAAUAAUAGUAGUCUGGCUCUCAUGGUUGAGUGA